CCCUCCCCUCCCCUCCUUUUUCAUCAUGGCUGCUGUGUCUACUCUCUCAAGUAACGCUCAGAUUGGACACUGACUCGGUUUCUACCUUCCAGUGCCUCUAAACUUUUGGUGUACAUCAACUUCGCUUGGAUGCAAAUCACAAUCUACACCUCGUUGUUGCCCCUCGUUUCAUUUAGUGGGAUAACCUUCACCAAUCACUGCCUCCACUGGGCCUUUUUUACCCCAAAAACAACCAACUGCCAGCCAACAACAGCUUCCAGUGCAAUGGUUUAACUCAGUUCUCCCCUCCAUGAACAAUGUGUGAAAACUGCGCCGAGCUGGUGGAGGUUUUAAAUGAAAUAUCGGAUGCAGACGGCAGUGAAGGAGGCUUCCAGCUAAAGAAGGAACAUGCCCUGCGAGUGCUGGGCUACAUCAGCUCCUGGACACAGAGACAAUGUCUCUGCUGCUUCAAGGAGUACAAGCACCUGGAGGUCUUCAAUCAGCUGGUCUACGCCCUCAUCAACCUGGUCAUCGCUCAGAUCAGCAGCCUGAGAGACCGCCUCUGCAGCGCCCAGGACCACACCCGUAAAGGAGGCGCGUCUGGGGCCGAGGGGGGGUCUGAAUGGAGCGGGGGCGAGGCCGCAUCCGGGUCCCUCCCCCAGCCGUCCUCACCCGGGGAGGACGAACCCGUGAAUGUGGAGAGAGACUCUGCCGAAGAGGACGCCGACGGCCCCGACCUGAACCAGAAUAAGAGCCAGGGCCAGGCUGAGGGGCCCAGCCGGCCGUGCGAAGCCCAGGUUGAAGCGCUGGAGCCUGGGGAGAGCGACGGCGGGUCUGGGGCUGGUGAUGGGGGUGUCGGAGAAAGCGGCAGCAGUGACCACCAGGACCCGUUCAGCUCCUGGAGCACAGAGGAGAGGGAGAAGCUGCUGCUCUGUGCCGCCAAGAUCUUCCAGAUCCAGUUCCCCCUGUACACGGCCUACAAGCACAACACACACCCCACCAUAGAGGACAUAUCUGCUCAUGAAAGUAACAUCCUGGGCUCCUUCUGCGACAUGAAUGACGUGGAGGUGCCUCUCCAUCUGCUGCGUUACGUCUGUCUGUUCUGUGGGAAGCACGGCCUCUCCCUGAUGAAGGAGUGCUUCGAGUCGGGCACUCCGGAGAGCCUCCCCUUCGCCAUCGCACACGCUUUCAUCACCAUCGUCUCCAACAUCCGAAUAUGGCUGCACAUUCCUGCGGUCAUGCAGCACAUCAUACCGUUCCGCACUUAUGUAAUACGGUACCUGUGUAAGCUGUCGGACCAGGAGCUGCGGCAGAGCGCGGCGCGCAACAUGGCCGACCUGAUGUGGAGCACGGUGAAGGAGCCGCUGGACAGCGCGCUGUGCUUCGACAAGGAGAGCCUGGACCUCGCCUUCAAAUACUUCAUGUCCCCAACGCUUACCAUGAGGCUGGCAGGACUCAGCCAAAUCACCAACCAACUCCACACCUUCAACGACGUCUGCAACAACGAGUCUCUGGUGUCCGACACAGAAACGUCCAUAGCGAAGGAACUAGCUGACUGGCUGAUCCACAACAACGUGGUGGAGCACAUAUUCGGACCAAAUUUGCACAUCGAGAUCAUCAAACAAUGCCAAGUGAUCCUGAACUUUCUGGCUGCAGAGGGCCGUCUGAGCACGCAGCAUGUGGACUGUAUUUGGGCUGCAGCUCAGCUGAAACACUGCAGCCGCUACAUCCACGACCUUUUCCCUUCACUCAUCAAAAACCUGGACCCAGUGCCUCUCCGCCACGUCCUCAACCUGGUGUCAGGCCUGCACCCCAGCGCCCACACCGAGCAGACGUUGUACCUGGCCUCCAUGCUGAUCAAGGCUCUGUGGAACAACGCCCUGGCAGCCAAGGCCCAGCUCUCCAAACAGAGCUCCUUCGCCUCGCUGCUCAACACCAACAUCCCCAUGGGCAACAAGAAAGGUUCACCGGCCGCCAGCCCGGACAGCAGCGACAACAGCGACACUCAACACAGCGGCGGCAGCGACAUGGAGAUGGACGACCAGAUGAUGUCCGGCAGCAAGAGGAGCCAGCAGAGGCUGUCUGACACAGAGGAGUCGAUGCAGGGCAGCUCCGACGAGACGGCGAACAGCGUGGAGGAAGGCAGCAGCGGGCCGGGCAGCAGCAGCGGCCGCAGCGAGGCUUCUAGCAACGAAGCGGCCUCCAGCCGAGCCAGCCAAUCGGCCGGCAGCCCCGGCAGCGAGAUGCACUCUGACGACAUGGCGGACAGCGAGGCCUUGAAGGAGGAGGAGGAGGAGGAGGAGGACGAGGAGGAAGACGACGAGGAGGACGAGGAGGACGACGAAGAGGACGAAGACGAGGGCAACCGCUCGGCCGCCGAAGGCGGGCAGCAGAAGGAGCCCAGGGAGCAGACGGAGUCGAGGAAGAGGAAGGCUGGCGAGGCGCUCGGCGAGGGGCCCAGCGGUUCAGGGGGCGGAGCCAAGCCCAAGGUUCUCCCCUUCAACCUGGAGACUUCUGCCGUCAUGGCGACAGCGGCGUCGACGUCCCUGGAGAGCCGGAUGAGGAUGUUGGACGCCUGUUCCGCGUCGUCGUCCGCUCGGCCCGACGGGACGGAGCCCCAGCAGCAGCAGCCGCCAGACAUCGGGCCCUCGCAGAUGGUCCAGGGGCCCCAGGAGCCUCCGUGCCUGCCGCGGCCGGGGGACUUCCUCGGAGAGGCCAUGGGCGGCGAGCUCUUUAACUGCCGGCGCUUCAUUGGCCCCCAGCACCACCACCAUCACCACCACCAUCACCACCAUCACGAAGGUCCCAUGGUGGAGGACAUGCUGAGUGCGGACGACGUGAGCUGCAGCAGCUCCCAGGUCAGCGCCAAGUCGGAGAAGAACAUGGCCGACUUUGACGGCGAGGAGUCGGGCUGCGAGGAGGAGCUGGUCCAGAUCAACUCGCACGCCGAGCUCAGCUCCCACCUCCAGCAGCACCUCCCCAACCUGGCCUCCAUCUACCAUGAGCACCUGGUGCAAGGUCCGUCCGUCCAUAAGCACCAGUACUCCGGCAGCCACGCGGUGACCGACAUCAACCUGGACAACGUUUGUAAGAAGGGCAACACGCUGCUGUGGGACCUGGUUCAGGACGAGGACGCGAUUCAUCUGUCUGAGGGGCUGAUUAACGAAGCCGAAAAGCUGUUGUGUUCGCUCGUCUGUUGGUUCACCGACCGACAGAUCCGAAUGCGCUUCAUCGAGGGUUGCCUCGACAACUUGGCCCACCACAGGUCCGUUGUGGUUUCCCUGCGUCUGCUACCCAAACUUUUUGGCACUUUCCAGCAGUUUGGCUCCAGCUAUGACACUCACUGGAUCACCAUGUGGGCUGAGAAGGAGCUGCACAUGAUGAAGCUGUUCUUCGACAACCUGCAGCACUACAUCCAGGAAGUCCGGGAGCACCUGCACAAGUUUGCACUGUACAGCCACAGUGCGGAGGUCCAGGUCCGUCUGCAGUUCCUAACAUGCGUCUUCUCCACACUGGGAUCUCCAGACCACUUCAGGUUGAGUCUGGAGCAGGUGGACAUCCUGUGGCACUGCCUGGUGGAGGACGCCGAGUGCUACGACGACGCGUUGCACUGGUUCCUCAAUCAGGUCCGCAGCAAGGACCAGCAUGCAAUGGGCAUGGAGACCUACAAGCACCUUUUCCUGGAGAAGAUGCCCCAGCUGAAGCCGGAGACGAUCAGCAUGACGGGCCUCAACCUCUUUCAACACCUGUGUAACUUAGCCCGCCUCGCCACCAGCGCUCUGGACAACGCCUCCAGCUGUGAGCUGUGUGGGAUGGACCAGCUGUGGGGGAUCGCUCUGAGAGCUCAGUCUGCUGAUAUCAGCCGCGCCGCCAUCCAGUACAUCAACUCCUACUACAUCAACGCUGGUAAGACGGGCCUGGAGAAGGAGCAGGAGUUCAUCAGGAAGUGCAUGGAGAGUCUGCUGAUGGCUUCCGCCAACCUGGAGAAGGACGCCCACUCCAGCCUGACCAGCAUCGAGCGGGGGCUGCUCAUGCUCAAAACGCACCUGGAGGCCUUUCGACGCAGGUUUGCGUACCACCUGCGGCAGUGGCAGAUCGAGGGGACGGGAAUCAGCAGCCACCUGAAGGCCCUGAGCGACAAACAGUCUCUGCCGCUCAGGAUCGUCUGUCAGCCUGCCGGCCUUCCUGACAAGAUGACGAUCGAGAUGUAUCCUAGCGACCAGGUAGCAGACCUGCGGGCCGAGGUGACCCACUGGUACGAGAACCUGCAGAAGGAGCAGAUGAACCAGCAGGCUCAGCUGCAGGAGUUCGGCCAGAGCGGCCGGCAGGGGGGAGACUUCCCAGGGGGUUUGAUGGGACCGGUCAGGAUGAUCUCAUCUGGACACGAGCUCACCACGGACUACGACGAGAAGACUCUGCAUGAGCUGGGCUUCAAAGACAUGCAGAUGGUGUUUGUGUCCCUGGGAGCUCCGCGGAGGGAGAGGAAGGGCGAGGGCGUCCAGCUGCCGGCCUCCUGCCUGCCGCCCCCCCAGAAGGAGCACAUCCCCAUGCUGCUGCUCCUCCAGGAGCCGCACCUCACCACGCUGUUCGACCUGCUGGAGAUGCUGGCCUGCUUCAAGCCGCCCAGCCCCAACGCCGAGAAGGUCUACGAAAACCCUGAGAGCAUGCGGUGUGAGGAACUCCACCUCCAUGCAGAGAAUCUGUCUCGUCGGGUUUGGGAGCUGCUGAUGCUGCUUCCUACAUGUCCCAAGAUGCUUCAGGCCUUCCAGAACAUCUCCGACGACACGAACGGGGAGGGUCUCUGCUGGAAGGAGCUGCUGAGGAUAAAAAGUCCCCACAAGUUGCUGUACGCUCUGGAGAUCAUCGAGGCUCUGGGCAAACCCAACCGGCGCAUUCACCGAGAGUCCACCGGCAGCUACAGUGAUCUGUAUCCAGACUCCGAUGACUCCAGUGAGGAUCAGAUAGAAAACAGCAAGAACACCUGGAGCUGCAAGUUUGUUUCGUCUGGAGGCCUGCAGCUACUCCUGGAGAUCUUUAACUCGGGCAUCCUGGAGCCCAAAGACCAGGAGUCCUGGACUGUGUGGCUGCUGGACUGCCUGGCCUGCCUGCUGAAGUUGAUCUGCCAGUUUGCGGUGGACCCCGCGGACCUGGACCUGGCCUACCACGACGUCUUCUCCUGGUCCGGCCUCGCCGACAGCCAGCGCAAGCGGGCGUGGCCGGGCAAAUCCCGCAAGUCCACGGUGGAGCACGGGAAAGGCCUGCACAUCCCUCGGCUGACUGAGGUGUUCCUCAGCCUCGUUCAGGGUACCAACCUCAUCCAGCGUUUGAUCAACGUGGCCUACACCUACGACAACCUCGCGCACAGAGUUCUAAAGGCACAGUCGGACCACCGGUCCCGUCAUGAAGCUGGGAGCGCGGAUGCUGAAGACCCGGAAACUCUGACCAAUCAGAGCAGACUAGGCUUUAUCAGGAAGUGGGUCUUAAAGCCGACAGGUGCUAAAAUGGAGCAUUUCAAACGGAGGAAGUUCACUGAAUGUUUGUUUCCCCGCUCGUUGCCGUGUUGCUGUUGCCAUUUUCAGCCGGCCGUGAGACACGAGGCGUGCAACGGCCUCUACAAGCUCUCUCUCUCGGGUUUGGAGGGCGGAGAGUCCAUCAACCGAUCCUUCCUGCUGCUCGCCGCCUCCACGCUCCUCAAGUUCCUGCCGGACGCCCAGGCGCUCAAACCACUCAGGGUGGAGGACUAUGAAGAGGAGCCUCUGUUGCGGACGGGCUGUAAGGAGUACUUCUGGCUGCUCUGUAAACUCAUCGACAACAUUCACGUUAAAGACGCCAGCCAGACCACCCUGCUGGACCUGGACGCUCUGGCCCGACACCUCGCCGACUGCAUCAGGAGCCGGGAGAUCCUUGACCAGCAGGACGGCGCGAUCGAGGACGACGGGCUGACGGGCCUCCUGCGUCUCGCCACCAGCGUCCUCAAGCACAAGCCUCCCUUCAAGUUCUCCCGCGAGGGCCAGGAGUUCCUGCGCGACGUCCACAACCUGCUCUUCCUCCUGCCCAGCCUGGCCGACCGCGCCCAGCCCAAAUGCAAGUCGCACGCGGCCCGCGCCGCCGCCUACGACCUGCUGGUGGAGACGGUGAAGGGCUCCGUGGAGAACUACCGGCUGCUCCACAACUGGGUCAUGUCGCAGCACAUGCAAGCCUCUCACGCCCCGUACAAGUGGGACUACUGGCCCCACGACGACGUCCGGGCCGAGUGCCGCUUCGUGGGCCUGACUAACCUGGGAGCCACCUGUUACCUGGCCUCCACCAUCCAGCAGCUCUACAUGAUCCCUGAGGCCCGCCAGGCGGUCUUCACUGCCAAGUACGCUGAGGAUAUCAAACACAAGACCACGCUGCUGGAACUGCAGAAGAUGUUCACGUAUCUCAUGGAGAGCGAGAGGAAAGCGUACAACCCGCGGCCGUUCUGUAAAACGUACACGAUGGACAAACAGCCUCUCAACACCGGGGAGCAGAAGGACAUGACGGAGUUCUUCACCGACCUCAUCACCAAGAUAGAGGAGAUGUCCCAGGAGCUGAAAAACACAGUGAAGACUUUGUUUGGAGGCGUCAUCACCAACAAUGUGGUCUCUCUGGACUGUGACCACGUCAGUCAGACUGCGGAGGAGUUCUACACCGUCAGAUGUCAAGUGGCGGACAUGAAGAACAUCUACGAAUCUCUGGAUGAGGUGACGAUCAAAGACACCCUGGAGGGCGACAACAUGUACACCUGCUCCCAGUGUGGCAAGAAGGUCCGCGCAGAGAAAAGGGCGUGUUUCAAAAAGCUGCCACGGAUCCUGAGUUUCAACACCAUGAGGUACACCUUCAACAUGGUGACGAUGAUGAAGGAGAAGGUGAACACCCACUUCUCCUUCCCGCUGCGGCUCGACAUGACGCCCUACACCGAGGACUUCCUGAUGGGCAAAGGGGAGCGCAAAGAGGGUUUUCGGGAAGAGGGCGAGGCAAAAGUCACGGAGAGCUACGAGUAUGACCUCAUCGGCGUCACGGUGCACACGGGCACGGCAGACGGCGGCCAUUACUACAGCUUCAUCAGAGACAUCGUCAACCCACACGCCUACAAGACCAACAAGUGGUACCUGUUCAACGAUGCCGAGGUGAAGCCCUUCGACUCGGCCCAGCUGGCCUCCGAGUGCUUCGGCGGAGAAAUGACGACUAAAACCUACGACUCGGUCACGGACAAGUUCAUGGAUUUCUCUUUUGAGAAGACACACAGUGCCUACAUGCUCUUCUACAAGAGGGUGGAGCUGGAGGAGGAGAACGGGAAGGACUUCAGUUUUGACGUCUCUCCUGAUCUGCUGGAGUGGAUUUGGCACGACAACAUGCAGUUCCUCCAGGAUAAAAAUAUAUUUGAACACACCUACUUUGGUUUUAUGUGGCAGCUCUGCAGCAGCAUUCCCAGCACUCUACCAGACCCUAAAGCCGUCUCCCUCAUGACCGCUAAGCUCAGCACAUCCUUUGUCCUCGAGACUUUCAUUCACUCCAAGGAGAAGCCCACCAUGCUGCAGUGGAUCGAGCUCCUCACCAAACAGUUCAACAACAGCCAGGCCGCCUGCGAGUGGUUUUUGGAUCGGAUGGCUGAUGACAACUGGUGGCCGAUGCAGAUCCUCAUUAAGUGCCCCAAUCAGAUAGUCAGACAAAUGUUCCAGAGGUUGUGUAUUCAUGUGAUCCAGAGGCUCCGUCCGGUCCACGCUCACCUCUACCUGCAGCCCGGCAUGGAGGACGGCUCCGACGACAUGGACGGCCCGGUGGAGGACAUCGGCAGCCGGUCCUGCGUCACGCGCUUCGUUAAGACGCUGCUGUCCAUCAUGGAGCACGGCGUCAAGCCCCACAGCAAACACCUGACGGAGUACUUUGCCUUUCUCUACGAGUUUGCCAAGAUGGGCGAGGAGGAGAGUCAGUUCUUGUUGUCACUACAAGCUAUUUCCAUCAUGGUGCACUUCUACAUGGGAACCAAAGGCCCUGAGAAUCCUCAGGUGGAGGUGCUGUCGGAGGAGGAGGGAGAGGAGGAGGACGAGGAGGAAGACAUCCUGUCCCUGGCGGAGGAGAAGUAUCGCCCCGCGGCUCUGGAGAAGAUGAUCGCCCUGAUCGCGCUGCUGGUGGAGCAGUCUCGCUCCGAGCGACACCUGACUCUGUCUCAGAGCGACAUGGCGGCGCUGACCGGAGGGAAGGGCUUCCCCUUCCUCUUCCAGCACAUCCGAGACGGCAUCAACAUCAGGCAGACCUGCAACCUCAUCUUCAGCCUCUGUCGCUAUAACAACCGCCUGGCCGAGCACAUUGUGUCGAUGCUCUUCACCUCCAUCGCUAAGCUGACUCCUGAGGCUGCCAAUCCUUUCUUCAAGCUGCUGACGAUGUUGAUGGAGUUUGCGGGCGGCCCACCGGGGAUGCCCUCCUUCGCCUCCUACAUCCUCCAGAGGAUCUGGGAGGUGAUCGAGUAUAACCCGUCCCAGUGUCUGGACUGGCUGGCGGUCCAGACUCCCCGGAACAAACUGGCCCACAGCUGGGUGCUGCAGAACAUGGAGAACUGGGUGGAACGCUUCCUGCUGGCACACAACUACCCCCGAGUCCGCACAUCGGCGGCGUACCUCCUGGUCUCGCUCAUCCCCAGCAACUCUUUCCGCCAGAUGUUCCGCUCCACGCGCUCCCUCCACCUGCCGACCCGCGAGCUGCCGCUGUCGCCCGACACCACCGUGGUCCUCCACCAGGUGUACAACCUGCUGCUGGGGCUGCUGGGACGCGCCAAGCUGUACGUGGACGCCAGCGUUCACGGCACCACCAAGCUGGUGCAGUACUUCAGCUUCAUGACGUACUGCCUCAUCUCCAAGACGGAGAAACUCAUGUUCUCCGGGUACUUCAUGGACCUCUGGAACCUCUUCCAGCCCAAACUGUCGGAGCCGGCCAUCGCCACCAACCACAACAAGCAGGCGCUGCUGUCCUUCUGGUACAACAUGUGCGUGGACUGCCCGGAGAACGUGCGCCUGGUGGUGCAGAACCCCGUGGUGACCAAGAACAUCGCCUUCAACUACAUCCUGGCCGACCACGACGACCAGGAGGUGGUGCUCUUCAACCGCGGCAUGCUGCCCGCCUACUACGGCAUCCUGCGCAUGUGCUGCGAGCAGUCGCCCGCCUUCACCCGCCAGCUCGCCUCGCACCAGAACAUCCAGUGGGCCUUCAAGAACCUGACGCCGCACGCCAGCCAGUACCCCGGGGCGGUGGAGGAGCUGUUCAACCUGAUGCAGCUGUUUGUGGCACAGCGAGCCGACAUGAGAGAGGAAGAGCUCGAGGACGUCAAGCAGUUCAAGAAAACCACCAUCAGCUGCUACCUGCGCUGCCUGGACGGCCGCUCCUGCUGGACCACGCUCAUCAGUGCCUUCAGGGUUCUGCUGGAGAACGAUGAGGACCGACUGCUGGUGGUCUUCAACAGGGGACUCAUCCUCAUGACUGAGUCCUUCAACACUCUGCACAUGAUGUACCACGAGGCGACGGCGUGUCACGUGACCGGAGACCUGGUGGAGCUGCUCUCCAUCUUCCUGUCCGUCCUCAAAGCCACGCGGCCGUACCUGCAGCGCAAAGAUGUGAAGCAGGCUCUGAUCCAGUGGCAGGAGAGGAUCGACUUUGCCCACAAGCUGCUCACACUUCUCAACUCCUACAGCCCGCCCGAGCUCCGCAACGCCUGCUUGGAUGUUCUGAAGGAGCUGGUUUUGCUGAGUCCUCACGACUUCCUGCACACUCUGGUCCCCUUCCUGCAGCACAACCACUGCACCUACCACCACAGCAACAUCCCCAUGUCGUUCGGCCCUUACCUGCCCUGCAGAGAGAACAUCAAGCUGAUGGGAGCCAAGAACAACAUCCGCCCUCCGAGACCAGAGCUCAACAUGUGUCUGCUGCCGUCCAUGGUGGAGAGCAGCAAGGGUAAAGACGAGGUGUACGACCGGAUGCUGCUGGAUUACUUCUUGUCCUACCACCAGUUCAGCCACCUGCUGUGUCGUGUCGCCAUCAACUGCGAGAAAUUCACCGACACGCUCGUCAAACUGAGUGUGUUGAUCGCUUAUGAAGGACUUCCUCUCCACCUUGCUCUCUUCCCCAAACUGUGGACGGAGCUCUGUCAGUCGCAGUCCGUUCUGGCUAAAACGUGCGUGAAGCUGCUGUGUGAGGAUCCGGCCUUCAGCGAGUACAUCAAGUGCAUCCUGAUGGACGAGAGGACGUUCCUCAACAACAACGCCGCGUACUCCUUCCUCACCUGCUUCCUGCACAAGGUCCAGGUGCUGUCUGGUCCCAGCUGCUCCAACCUGAUCAGUGUUUUGGUGGCCAACCUGCUGAGUGAACAGAGCAGCCUGCAGCCUGAGCUGGCGGCUCACCGCCUGGAGCUCAGCAAGACCAGCGGCCUGCUGAACGCCGACCUGAGGGCGUUGGUGCUGCUGCUGUCCGUCCAGCCCCCCCAGAGCGUGGACCCGGCCCUCUGCCCCGCGCUGCAGGAGCUGCUGGAUCGCUGCCGGGUCUGUGUCCAGCAGCGCAGCGCUCUGGAGCUCGAGGCCAAGGACCAGAAGGCCAAAGUUGAGGACGAAGGGGCGACCCCGGUGAAGCGACGGAGGGUGAGCAGUGACGAGGACAGAACGGGGGAAUCUGCGGCGGCGGUGGCGCCGCUCUGCGUGGCCUCCACCUCCUCUUCCUCCUCGGCCCUGCCGCCGUGCGGCGAGCCCAAGCCCGACCAGCAGGAGGCGCUGACGCCCGCCAGCACCUCGGACACGGAGACGCGGGACUCGUCCUCGCUGAUCGACCCGGGCACGGAGCAGGACCCGCCCUCUCCCGACCCCGCUCCCCCGGUCGCCCCGGGCAACCUGGACUCCUCCCCCUCCCCCAAGGAGGAGAAGAUGGAGGCGUCGUCGUCCUCCUCCUCCUCCUCCUCGUUCUCGUCCUCCUCCUCGCUGCUGCACGAGGCCGGGGAGGGGUUUGUGCCGGCGGCGGAGGAGGAGGCGGAGCCACCGCGGCGCAUGGCGGCCGCGGUGGAGGAGGAAGAGGAGGAGGAGGAGGAAGAGGAGGAGAAGAGGAGGAGGAGAGGGGAGGCCAUGUGUGCUACGUCGGAGGAAGGGAAGGAAGAGAAAGAGGCGGGCUCUAAGGGCAGCGCGGCCACGCCCCUCUCGGAGGACGCUGCCUUCCCAUUGGCCUCUGGGUUUGUGGGGGAGGGGCCAGACGGCGGCAGCGACCCCUCCCCCUCCUCCUCCUCCUCCUCUUCCUCGCUGCAGGUGUUUCCGGGCGCCAGCCCCCCCCAGCCCGACAUGCUGGACAUGCUGUACAGGACGGUGGAAGCCACCAUCGCCAUAGUUAGCAAACUGUCUGUUAAGGGCCCGCCCUCUUCAUGACAUCAUCAACUCACAGCCGCCAUGAGAUCUUUAACAAAAAACAUUGUUUUUUUUUCCUUUUUUUCUCUCUCUCUCUCUCUAUUUGGAAAUCUGAAUUCUUCUCAGAGGGGAAAAAAAAAAAACCAAACUUUUUUUUUUUUUUCUGUUUUUCGGUUUCUUCUUCUUCUUCUGCUGUUUGUGCGCUGCUGUUCGUUGCCUUCUGCUGAUGUUCAGUCGGGCGGGUUUUCCAGCUUCAGUGGCUCUCGCCGUGUCGUUUCGCUCUAUUAAAUAAAAUAAAAAUUUAAAAAUAAACUCCACUCCGACUCCACGGUCAGCCGGCCCA